UGAUUUGGAAAAAAUUUCGGAAAAGAAAUUUUGAUCAGACCUUUCUAUAUUCCUCUUGAUUCUCUUUACUCCAUGCCCCCUUCCCCUGCCUCUAAUUUGUUUUUUUCGAAAAAAUAAAAAAAAUUUGCUACUUCACUCAAAUUAAAAGGCCACUCAAGAGGGAGUUGUUCGUGUAGUAAGCAACAUCCAACCUUCAUCUUUAAAGUUAUGGAUUCGAGUCACUAAGAGAGCAGAAAGGAUGGGAACAGAAAGAUUGUCAUUCAAGCCAGAAAGUGAUAUAUUUGGCUACUUGUUUGAUGACAUAACACCUGAUUUUUAAACCAAAACAUAAAAUAUAUAAUGCAGCAACUUUGGCAAUCAAUCAAACAAAUCAAUUUUCCAAAUCCCUUAGAAGCAGUGCAUAAUAACAGCAUGGAGAAUCACAUUUACUUAUUGAUUCUUCUCUCUCUAUUUCAAUAUUACUCUCUGUGUAUAUCAGCUGCUUCCUCAAAUGAAACAGAUCAACAAGCUCUACUAGCUUUCAAAAAUCUUGUUACUAGUCCUAGUCAUGUUUUGGCGGAUAAUUGGACCAAAAAUACUUCUUUUUGCUCUUGGUUUGGUGUCACUUGCAGUUCGAGAAGGCAAAGGGUUGUUGCCUUGGCUCUUCCUAAUUUGCAACUUCAAGGCACAAUUUCCCCAUCUUUGGCCAAUUUAUCCUUUCUCAGUGUUCUCAAUCUGGGGAACAACAGCUUACAAGGUGACAUCCCUUAUGUCCUUGGCCACUUGCCUCGCUUGCGAGUGAUCGAUAUUCAGAACAAUCAGCUCCAAGGAAGUAUCCCAACAAGUUUAUUUCAACACCACAGAGUUCAAAAAAUUUCAUUGGCUUUCAAUAAACUCUGUGGUGAAAUGUGGAAAGGGCCAUGGAAUGUACCCAAGCUCAGUGUCUUAAAUCUUAUGAACAACAGCCUCACGGGUAUAAUCCCUCCUUCAGUUGGAAAUGCCACAAAAUUAAUGAACUUCAGUUUGUCUGGAAAUAGUAUCAAUGGCAACCUUCCAAAACAGAUCGGUAAUCUGAGCCAGGUUGAAUUUUUGUUCUUGUAUGAUAAUCAGUUAACAGGUUCCAUUCCGACAUCGCUAUUUAAUAUCUCGUCGCUGGUUGCCGUGGCUCUGGCAUUAAAUAGCCUUUCUGGUCCUCUCUUGCUUGAUGAAGGGAAUAUUGUGUCAAAUCUAGAGUUUUUAAGUGUAUCUAACAACCAAAUUUCAGGUUGCAUUCCUUCUAACAUAUGUCAACUCAGAGAGCUCCAAGUUUUGUCCAUAUAUUUAAACAACAUAGCUGGAGAGAUACCCAGAAAUAUUGGUUGUUUAUCCAAACUCGAGAAGUUUUAUAUUGGUGAUAAUCCAAUAAAAGGGACCAUUCCCACCUCGAUUGGCAAUAUUUCUAAUCUGCAAUAUGUUUCCUGUACAAAAAAUCGCUUGGAGGGGCCAAUUCCUCCAGAAUUGGGGAAGCUAUCAAAUUUGAGGCAAUUAGGCUUUGGCGAAAAUUAUAAUCUUAUUGGUCAAAUUCCAGAGGCUAUUUUCAAUAUAUCUUCUUUGGAAGGUGUAUCUUUCAGUUUCAACAAUCUCUCGGGGACAAUUCCAGCCACUACAGGUCUUCAUCUUCCGAACCUUAAACAUCUUCACUUGUCAGACAAUCAGCUGGAAGGGGAAAUUCCAUUGUUCAUAACAAAUGCUUCCAAGCUUGAAACGCUGGAGCUAUCAUCUAACUUUCUCAAAGGAACUAUUCCAACUACUUUGGGCAAUCUCCGUGAGCUGCGUGGACUGAUCCUGCAUAGUAAUCAACUUACCAAUGAACCAAGAGAGCAUGAGUUGCAAUUUUUCAAUUCUUUGGCGGACUGUAGGAUGUUGCAAUAUCUAGAAGUGGGUUCUAAUCCGUUGAAUGGAGUUCUUCCCAAUUCUAUUGGGAAUCUUUCAUCUACUAUUGAAGACUUCAAUAUAGGAGAUGCACACAUCAACGGCCUCUUCCCCACAAAUAUAGGCAACAUGAGCGGUCUUACAAGGCUAGGCGUUCGCAAUAACAACUUGAUCGGAAAUAUUCCUCCUGAGAUUGGUAAGCUUAAACAUCUCCAAGGGAUGUAUCUACAAAACAAUAAAUUGCAGGGACAUAUUCCAAAGGCGGUAUGCCAUUUAUCUAAUUUGGUAGCACUGUAUCUAAAUGUUAAUGAGCUUAUCGGUUUAAUUCCAGCAUGUAUAGGAAAUCUUAGCAUGCUAGAACAACUUGAUUUGGGUUCUAACAGAUUUUCAUCAAAAUUUCCCUCGAGUCUUUGGAAAAUGAGAGGUCUUCUCUUUCUAAACGCGUCACAAAAUUCUAUAGAAGGAGAAUUUCCACCGGAUAUUGGAGGACUGAAGGCUAUUGUAGAACUAUAUCUUUCUGGUAACCACUUUUCUGGCAUGAUACCAAGCAGAUUGGGGGAACUCCAAAACCUGCAGUAUCUUGACCUAUCAAAUAAUUCAUUUUUUGGCCAAAUUCCAUUAUCCUUUGCCAACUUGAUAAGCUUGGAGUUCUUGGAUUUGUCUUUAAAUGCUUUGUCAGGUACUAUUCCUAAGUCAAUGGGAAGACUCUCAUACCUUAAAAUUAUUAAUGUUUCAUUCAAUAAUUUAGAAGGUGAAAUACCCAGUGGUGGUGUGUUUGUGAAUUCCACUGUGCAAUCAUUUCUUGGGAACAAAGGUCUAUGUGGCAUGCACAUAUUGGAGGUUCCUGCUUGCACUAAUCCUGGGCUACAAUCAAAGUCUAAGGUGCUAGUGCUAAAGGUUGUUAUUCCAGUGGUUAUUUCAUUUUUUUUAAUAUUCUUCUUGGUUUCAAUUUGGGUAAUAAAACGGCAGAAGAAAGGAAAGUCCAAAGAUGUGGAAAAGAUACCAGAUAUGAGGACUCAUCAAUUAGUUUCUUAUCACGAGAUUCAGCGAGCAACAAAUUAUUUUGGUGAGUCAAAUUUAAUUGGAGUUGGAAGUUCUGGUUCUGUGUACAAAGGUACAUUAUCUGGUGGUAGUGUAGUGGCCAUAAAGAUUCUGGAUUUGGAAUAUGAGGAGGUAUGCAAGAGGUUCGAUACUGAAUGUGAAGUGAUGAGAAAUGUUAGGCACAGAAAUCUUGUGCCCGUGAUCACAACUUGUUCUAGUGCCUAUAUAAGAGCCUUUGUUCUGCAAUAUAUGUCUAACGGGAGCCUUGAAAAUUGGUUGUACAGAGAAGACUGCCAAUUGAACCUUCUUCAAAGAGUAACAGUAAUGCUUGAAGCGGCUAUGGGAAUUGAAUAUCUACAUCAUGGCCAUUUCACUCCAAUAGUUCAUUGUGACCUAAAGCCAGCCAACAUUCUUUUGGAUGACGAUAUGGUGGCUCAUGUUGGUGAUUUUGGCAUCUCUAAAAUUUUAGCUGUAAGCAAGUCCAUGGCAUAUACUGAGACAUUGGGCACUCUUGGUUACAUCGCACCAGAAUAUGGCUCGGAGGGAAUAGUGUCCACUAAUGGGGAUGUUUAUAGUUACGGCAUCAUGUUAAUGGAGGUUUUGACCAAAAGAAGGCCAACAGAUGAAGAGAUAUGCAAUGAAAAUCUUGACUUGAGGAAAUGGAUAACACAAUCAUUUUCAGGGUCUAUGAUGGAUGUUAUAGAUGACAAUCUUUUUCCCAAGGAAGAACAAAUCUCUUCAAAAAGUGAAAUCUGCAUAGCCUCAAUGAUAGAAUUGGCUUUAGACUGCACAAAGGAAACACCGGAAUCAACAAUAACCAUGAAAGAUGUAGUAAAGAGGCUUAGCGAAAUCAAGAUCACAUUUCUGGAAAUGUAGAAGUUAGCAUCACUUUCGACGGUGUUGUUUCUCAGCUGCAAGUUAAUAUGCGUCAUAUACUAGUUUUUAGAGUCAAUGUAUUAUUUGUAUUAAUAGAGGGUUGCAUUUCCCUCAUUUACUUUACUUUUGUGAUUUCAGAUGUGAGUGGUAUCGAAGUGUUCAGUUGCACAA